AUGAGUCCCGCUCCCUGUGGAGCGCAAGAGCAGGCAGCACAGUGUGUGAUGUGCUUCCCCUGCAACGCACUGCACUCUGCUGUUGGCCAUGUGCGGCUUGGUCGCCUCACUGGCAGCAUUCACGAGGCAGGGUGGGCGCCGGAGCCGCCAAAGUCAUCGGAGCCAGUGCGGCAAGAGUCCCAGGUAAUAUGAGAACGGGAGGGAGGGAGGCCAUCUGGCUUUAAGGGACCCUAGUGGUCAUCUAGUCCAAUUCCCUGCAGUUUGGCCGGGGAAGUUGGUGCCAUGGCCAGCGGCAAAACAAGCCCUCCUUGUGGGACCCCCUCCAUUGUCUUUCCCAGUUUUGCUCUGGAAUUCCUCUAACGCCAGCCUCUCUCUCUUUUUCAGACCUAUGCUCAGUAUAGCCACUUUGCAGAAGGCACGAUGAGGCAGUUGUACAUGUGA